AUGAGGCCUUCGUCUCUGGCUUCGCACACUAUCCGAUCGUCUGUUUCUCGCCUGCUCGUGCUCCCUGCACCCACCGUCCUUCCCCGCCGUCAAUUUAUCCGACGCCUCGAAAAUACUGCCUCUAGAAGUGAAGGUCUAAACUCGAAGUCAAUUCGUACUACAGGUACAGCCGCGGCCUCAUUUUCAUCCAUGGCGUCAUCUUUCUACCCGGAAAAAGCUCGAGUGCCGCCAGCUGUUCAGUCUCCAGUUCCUCCCAUCACCAAGUUUAAAAUCGGAUUGUGCCAGUUGAAAGUGACAGCUGACAAAGAGAAGAAUAUCUUGCAUGCGCGAACUGCAAUAGAGGAGGCUGCGGAAAAGGGGGCGAAGCUUGUUGUGUUGCCUGAAAUAUGGAACAGUCCUUAUUCAAAUGAUAGCUUCCCACUAUAUGCUGAGGAUAUCGAUGCUGGUUUUGAUGCAUCACCAUCCACGGCAAUGUUGUCUGAAGUUGCGCGUCUCCUCAACAUCACAAUUAUUGGAGGUUCAAUACCAGAAAGGAGUGGCGAUAAGCUGUACAACGCGUGUUGUGUUUUUGGAUCGGAUGGAAAGCUUAAAGCUAAACAUCGCAAGAUACACCUAUUUGAUAUUGACAUUCCUGGUAAGAUCACCUUCAAGGAGUCAAAGACUCUUACAGCUGGGGAGACUCCUACCACGGUAGACACAGAGGUUGGCCGAAUUGGGAUUGGCAUCUGCUAUGACAUUAGAUUUCAAGAACUGGCUAUGAUCUAUGCAGCAAGAGGUGCUCAGUUGAUUUGUUACCCUGGAGCAUUCAACAUGACUACGGGACCUUUGCACUGGGAGUUACUGCAAAGGGCACGGGCCGUGGAUAAUCAGUUGUAUGUAGCGACUUGUUCUCCUGCUCGAGAUGCCGGUGCUGGGUACGUUGCAUGGGGCCAUUCUACACUCAUUGGUCCUUUUGGAGAAGUGUUGGCGACUACCGAGCACGAUGAGGCGAUUAUUAUUUCAGAAAUUGACUAUUCACAGAUAGAGAUCAGGAGAACAAACCUGCCGCUAGAGAAGCAAAGGCGAGGUGACCUUUACCAGUUGGUGGAUGUCCAGAGAUUAGCAAAUUCAGAGUGA